AUGUUGAAUAUGUUGGCGGAUGAAAAACCUGAGCCCUCUCUAUCGGAGAUGGCGAGGUCGGCGGCGCAUGGCGAGGACUCACCCUACUUCGCAGGGUGGAGAGCUUACGAUGAGGACCCCUAUCACCCCAUCGUGAAUCCAUCAGGUGUCAUUCAGAUGGGCCUCGCAGAGAACCAGGUGUCGUUUGAUCUCUUGGAGGAGUACCUGAGGGAGCACCAGGACUGCGGCGGCGGGUUCAGGCAGAACAUCGUGUUCCAGGACUAUCAUGGCCUCAGGUCCUUCAGGAUGGCAAUGGCGAGCUUCAUGGAGCAGAUAAGGGGUGGCAGGGCCAGGUUCGAUCCGGACCGUAUCGUCCUCACGGCCGGUGCCACCGCCGCCAAUGAGCUCCUCACGUUCAUCCUUGCUAACCCCGGCGACGCGCUGCUCGUCCCUACCCCAUACUACCCAGGGUUUGACAGGGACCUGAGGUGGAGAACCGGCGUGAACAUCGUCCCGGUGAUCUGCGACAGCUCCACGGGGUUCCAGGUGACCGCGGGCGCGCUCCAGGCCGCGUACGAGGAGGCCGCUGCAGCCGGGAUGCGCGUCUGCGGCGUCCUCAUCACGAACCCGUCGAACCCGGUCGGCACCACGGUCGAGAGAGCCGUCCUGGAGGACAUCCUCGACUUCGUGGCGCGCAACAGCAUCCACCUCAUCUCCGACGAGAUUUACUCCGGCUCAGUCUUUGCCUUGCCGGACAUGGUGAGCGUGGCCGAACUCGUGGACGAGCGCGGCGACGAUGGCAUGGCCGGCCGAGUCCACAUCGUGUACAGCCUGUCCAAGGACCUCGGCAUCCCGGGGUUCCGCGUCGGCGUGGUCUACUCGUACAACGACGCCGUCGUGGCCGCGGCGCGGCGCAUGUCCAGCUUCACGCGGGUCUCGUCGCAGACGCAGCGGACGCUCGCCGCUGUGCUCUCGGACACGGCCUUCGCCGCGCGGUACAUCCGCGCCAACCGGGACCGGCUCCGGGAGCGGCACGAUCACGUGGUGGCCGGGCUCGCGCGCGCCGGCGUCGGGUGCAUGCGCAGCAACGCCGGGCUGUUCGUGUGGGUGGACAUGCGCGAGAUGCUGGACGAGGCGACGGUGGAAGGAGAGCUGAGGCUGUGGCGUCGGGUGAUGGCCGAGACGAAGCUCAACGUCUCCCCGGGGUCGUCCUGCUAUUGCUCGGAGCCUGGGUGGUUCAGAGUGUGCUUUGCCAACAUGAGUUUGGAGAUACUGGAUGUUGCACUCCGAAGGAUGAGUUGUUUCAUGGAGAGAUGGAACAGUGCAAGGCAAUAA